GCUGGGGCGCGCGCGGCUGCGGUGCGUCCUGGGAGCGCGUGAGAGCCGCUUGCAGCAGAGCCUCCCCGGCCCGGGAGAGGACACCCCUUCCCAGUGCGAGUCAGUGCUGCGAGCGACCGCCUCCGGGGAAGGUCAGCGGCACCUAGCGUCCUCCUCCCGAGGCCGGCGCCGGAGCGGAGUCCUGCUUCCCUGUCCUCCAGGAGAGCCCUGCUAUGGCUAGAAGAGACGGGUAUGGUUUUCAGGCUUUCUGCCUGAGUUCAUUUCUUCACACCUCUUGACCGGCACUUCACAUGGAAUAUUCAUCUUGCCAGUUCUCCUGCCCUCCAGCAGCUUUCUGCUCCUUCCUCUAGCUCUCAUUAGCCUGUAAGCAGAAGAGACCCCCAUGAUGCACGGAUAAAGAUCUCCAUCCGAUAUACCUCAUCCCAAGUAUCCUGUUCUGACCAAAAUUGAGAUUCUGAAUAGACCCUGCCAUUUUCUUCUCGCCAGUGUCUGGUGGAGAGCUCCUUUUCUACAGUGGAUUCUCAGACACUGAGCAGUGGCCUCGUUGAGACUUAAUUAAGCUAGACUUAAUAGGAUGAAGGCGAGAGAAGACGUCAACAGGCAGUUUGGAGCAUGUGAAUACACCCUGAGCCUUGAUGAGCUCCAGUAUGUGGUAUAUUAUGCAGAGCAUUCAGAGCAAAUACUCUCUCUCAGAGCGCCUGAUCCGAACAAUCGCUGCCAUCCGUUCCUUCCCUCAUGAUAACGUAGAGGACCUCAUCAGAGGGGGAGCAGAUGUGAACUGCACCCAUGGCACCCUGAAGCCCCUGCACUGUGCCUGUAUGGUGUCAGAUGCUGACUGUGUGGAGUUACUCUUGGAGAAAGGAGCCGAGGUGAACGCCCUGGAUGGCUACAACCGCACAGCCCUCCACUAUGCAGCAGAGAAAGACGAGGCUUGUGUGGAGGUGCUGCUGGAGUACGGCGCAAACCCCAACGCACUGGAUGGCAACAGAGACACCCCGCUUCACUGGGCCGCCUUCAAGAACAAUGCGGAGUGCGUGCGGGCUCUCCUCGAGAGCGGGGCCUCCGUCAAUGCCCUGGAUUACAACAACGAUACGCCACUCAGCUGGGCUGCCAUGAAGGGAAAUCUGGAGAGCGUCAGCGUGCUCCUCGACUAUGGCGCCGAGGUCAGAGUCAUCAACCUAAAAGGCCAAACGCCCAUCUCCCGCCUGGUGGCUCUGCUAGUCAGGGGACUCGGAACCGAGAAAGAGGACUCCUGCUUUGAGCUUCUCCACAGGGCCGUCGGACACUUUGAAUUAAGGAAAAAUGGCACCAUGCCACGAGAGGUGGCCAAAGACCAGCAGCUGUGCGAAAAACUGACGGUGCUGUGCUCAGCCCCAGGGACUCUCAAGACUCUGGCCCGCUAUGCCGUGCGCCGUAGCCUGGGGCUCCAGUACCUGCCAGACGCGGUGAAGGGCCUUCCGCUGCCAGCCUCUUUGAAGGAGUAUCUGUUACUUAUGGAGUAGCCCGGAGAGACACUUGCAGCAGCACCUCGGCCGUUCUGGGUGAGGUUUGCCCCGCAGCACCUGUUUGCAUGGACGGUAGAAGAGCGUUGGCUCCAGUAGUGUGGUUCGUAACCUUCAAGGCGCUAUGUCACAGUGGUAACCUUCACUACCUCCCCUCCCAUACCAAGCACCCAGACCAAAAACCCCUCACUGCUGUGCUCUGUAUUGCUUACGUGGCUUUUUUUUAAUGUUGCGCUCUGCAAAAGAAGAGGUCUCCCCUCCACCACCCCUUUAGGGAAAGAGUCAAGAGUGCAACUGAAUUCUCUAGGCAAAUGAGAUGUGUCUAAAGAACGUGUGUGGGUUUCCUGGGUGGUGGGGGGCAUGAUUUCACACUUCCAGGGAACCCUUUCUAAGCUUUUUAAUCGUCGUGUGAGGAGGAAAAUCACAGUUCCAGCUAACAAUAAGUGUGUCCCAAGGAUGAAGUUACUCCAGCUCGUGUUGGUGUUCAGAUUCAAAACUGGGCCUUCAGAAAGGGCUGGGGUUGUUCAGCAGUGCUGUUUCACAGGGGUGUCCUGCUGCGGGUGCUAAGCAGUCCUGAGAACCGAAAGUCCUGAGCCGCUCUAAAAUGGUUUUUUGGUUUUUUGUUCUGGAAAGCCGGUUUGCAGACAUGUCUGCCCCUCAGUCAGUCAAGGGAGGAGAGGCUGGGCUGCCUUUUGCCGUGGGUCUUCCUCCUUCCCUGUGGAAAACUCCCUCUGCUGGGAGAUUGGAGCUGUUCUUUCCACGCUCUUGGAAACUUGGAUUUUGCAUCGAAGGCGCUGUGGGGGCGGGGGCGGGGGGCUGGGAAGGGAAUGGGCAAAGAACAUGAAAGCGUCUCGAGGUGGCCCACCACCAUCUGCGGUAGUGAGUAAUACGCAACAGCACUCUUCACUUUCCUAACCUAGAUCACGUUGUUACUGAUCUGAGAUGACCUAUAUGCAAAUUUGAACUUUUUUUAAAAAGCUGUUUGGGAACUACGAACAAAAUGAAUGGGAUCUGCUGCUAAUUGAAAACUGUGUCUGCUUUUGUCUUUUGCCCAGUAAAAAAAAAAAAAAAGAAAUUCUAAAAAGAAGUUUGGCAGUUUCUGCUGUUCCUGCUUUUCUCCAUUCUCCCCUCCUGCUGUUUAUAAAAAGUUCUUUAUUCCCUGGCCUUUGAGCAUAUCUUUUCAUUUCAGUUUCUCUGCCAUCCGCAACAGUGAUUCUCGGCACGGCCAGCAUGACAGAAAAGCUUGGACAGAGUAUUUGAAAAACCUCCUCUUCUUUGACACCUCCUGCCACCCCCAAACGUGGAGUUAUUGCUCUUGUUUUCAACCCCAGCUGCACAUAAGGCCACCAGUGAAGUUUUUUAAAAACACUUGCCACGAUUUCACCACAUACCGAUUGUUUAGAAUUUCCUGGGUGGGACUGGAUUAUUAAGUGUCUUCAGAUGUUUCUCGUGUGUAGCCAGAAAUGAGAUCCGCUGCUUUAGGCAGAGAUGUUCCAGCUUCAGUAUUAAAGCCACCUAGGGAAAUAUUUUCUGUUUGGUUUUUUUUGUUUUUCUUCCGGUAUCAGGAAUCGAACUCACAACCUUGCGCUUGCCAGACAGGCACUGUGCCGCUGAGCUAAAUCCCCAGCCCCUAGGGAAAUAUUUUAAAUACUGUACUAAGAUGUGGGCUUCACCCCCAGACAUUCAUAGAAUUGGUCCAAAGUAGGCCUGAGCAUCAGUAUUUUAAAAGGUAACCCAGAUGACUCUACUUUUAGUCUGGGUUUGUGAAGCACUGCUGUAGAUGCAGGUUCAUUUCUCAUUGUAGACACUGGUUGUAGCCCGAAAGGGAGAAUAUUUUGUCCAUUGGGAAAAGAUUUUACCUUUUUCCUGUUACUUCAUAAUCACGCAUUGAUGGCUAAUAAAUGGUGUGCUUCAACCCCA